CAAUUUACGGAUUGUGUUUGAUGAGGUCAUCAUAUGUUACUUUCUGUCAAAAGUGUCAAAAAAACGUCAAAAGUACCUAUCAAAACAAAUUGGUUUGUUUUACUUGAAAUUAUUUUCUAAUUUAUCUCAGAAAAUAGCCAUAAAAUGGGUUUAUUUGGUAAAUCCCCGGAGAGGAAUCCUAAGGAAAUGGUAAAUGAGUGGUCCCACAAACUUCGAAAAGAAGGAUACAAUUUGGAUAGACAAAUUCGUAGUAUACAGCGAGAAGAAGAAAAAAUAAAAAAGUCACUGAAAGAAGCUGCAGGAAAGAACGAUAAACAAGUGUGCACAAUACUAGCUAAAGAAAUCAUAAGGUCUCGUAAGGCGAUCAGUAAAAUAUACACAAGCAAAGCACAUCUCAACUCUGUUCAGAUGCAAAUGAAGAACCAACUAGCCACAUUGCGGGUAGCUGGGUCAUUACAAAAAUCUACAGAGGUCAUGCAAGCCAUGCAAGCGCUGAUCAGGCUGCCAGAGAUAGCGCACACUAUGCAAGAGCUAAGCAAGGAGAUGAUGCGUGCCGGCAUCAUCGAGGAAAUGCUGGACGAAACCAUGUCCUCCAUGGAGGACGAGGAUGAGGUGGAGGAGGCGGCGCAGGCGGAGCUUGACAAGGUCCUCUGGGAAUUAACCCAGGGCAAGUUGGGCGAAGCACCCGCUCCGCCAACGGCCGUCGGCGCGCCCUCCACCAGCAAAGAGGAAGAGGUUCCCGAGCCGGAUGAAAGCGAGCUCGACGAGAUGCAGUCUAGGCUGGAAGCGCUGCGGUCUUAGAGCGGGCACUUGGAAGAAGGUUAAACGAGCGCAGGAGUCGAGUAACAAACGCCUUUAUGUAAAUAUUAAUUAUUAUUGUAACGAUUAAGUUCGCGCUAGUGAAGUGGUGAUCGUUUUUGAGAUUUGCGCAUCUUCGAGCUUAAUAUUGUUUAAUUUCUAUCUAGUAUGUUUCAUUUACUUGUUAUGCAACUGAUCUGUCUAAAAAUAUAAUUUAUGGGAAUAAUUGGAGUACCUUUACAAUGCUCUAAGUUAAAAUACUGCUUCGUAGAUUUUUAUAGAUAUGCAAAUACUUUAAUUUUAUUUAUAUGGUGUAACGAACGUGAGUUCGUUACGCAAAUGCAAUAGAUAACUAAUAAAAAAAAGUCGAAUUGAACAAUUAAUCAGUAUUUAAAUGUGUUUUUUACAAAUUUGGUAUUGUGAGAUCGCAAAUGGUGUUUGAAACUAAUUAAAAAUUUCAACAUUUGAUUCUAUUGUUAUGUAACCUAAUUGGCUCGUUGUAAUUAAUGUUAUACUGGUUGAAUUCUUAAACUAUAAACAUUAUGUUAUUAUUUUAAAUAUAACUGAUGUGUUCUUAGAUGUACAAAAUUAAGUGCAAAUUGCUAAUGUAGAUUUUUUCAAAGCAUUGUGUAUACUUAAAACUUGAAGAUUUGUUAUAAAAAAUCUUUUAAAGAACAAAUGUUUCCAUUAAUUUAAUGACUAUUUAAGUCAAACAAUUAGACCCCAAUAUGAAUAUUAUUAUACAAUGAAACAGCAACACUUUCCUGUACCUAAUACGUUCUGCUAUAAGUAUAUUAUUUGUUGAUUAU